AUGAGGCGAUCGCGAUGCCUUAUACGUUUGCGCGAAAAGCUUUUGCUGCUCGCUCGAAGCUUAGGUCUGGUGGAAAUGGACGAGAUGGAGACAGGACGGGUGAUUCCUUUUAGUUUCGAGCAUCCUGUUCUGCGACUGGUUGUAGCAGCUGCAACUUGGGGCAGGAAAAAGAAUGACAGUCAGGCACCGUACCGGUUUCGAUUCCUGGACGUGACAGGCAAGUCUGUUUGCGAGGAGCAGGUUUGUGACGAUUACAAUUUUCCCGUCGUCCUCAACUACUGUGCCACAUUCGCUGGUGACUUACCAACGAAGAAAGAAGUGGAGGAAUGGGCUUCAGAGGAAGCAGGGAUUCUGCGAACGUUCAGUUCUUGGGCCUGCGACCGGGCGCAGAGGAGGGGCACCCAUCACGAGAAAAUGGAUAAGCUCAAGCAGGUCAUCCAGAGCAAGAAAGAGGAGCUCGCCCAGCAGUCCACAGAUGCGAAAGCGGAGGCUGAGGGCGGUGAAGAGGAGAACCCUCCUGAAGAUGAUGUGUGUGUGGGUGGGGAAGACAUCGAAAGUCAAGAUGACGCUGCCAAAGAGGGUGGUGCAUACAAGGAUGAAGAACCUACUAAGGGAUCGGUGCCUUCCCUGCCAGAAAAGUUGACGGCGAAAGCCAAGAAGAUGCUAAAGCAACAUCAGAAGGAAGAUCCCAAUCUGGCUGUCCAGGCACAACAGAAAGCAAGGAAAGCUCUUCGCGAGAGGAGCAAGGGCACAAUAGCCGAGAAUGACGAGGAUCCGCAGUCUCCCGAUUCCGUCAAAAAAACGUUCUUGCCCCAGUUCCGUGCUAUUGCUGACAAAGAUCUACGUAUGGUGCUCAAUCUCAACGUCCUCCACGGGCCAAAGGGGUUCAAUGAAUACUCCGGCAGUUUCUACAUAUGUCCAGCAGACGAAGCCCGCACGAAGAGUGUCAACAAGAAGUAUGGGACAAAGCUCGUGGCCUUGGCCAACAAAAAAGAAAAGCCUGGCCUCUCCCUCGGCUUCACUCGCUUCAAGGAUCUGCAGACGGUUGGGGCUGCUACGAGCGAUGAUGAAGGUGCUUCGGCUUUCCCCUCGCGGGUUACUGGCUGCCGGGCUCCCCUGUGGAUCCUGGGUCUGGAUGAACCGCAAAACAUCGGGCAGGUUAGCUAUCCUAUUUUUGACAUCACGAGCAACAAUGGGUUGGCCACUCGCACUGUGUUGUUGUGCCUCCUGGCAUCGAUGCGAUCAGUGUAUUGGUACGUGGAACAGCCGGCAUCUUCGGUUUUCCCGAACUAUCCAUACAUGGUCUUCCUCCAACAGAUCUUGGAUCGCUACAUCCCCAUUCACACCGUGAGGCCUUGGCUGUCCAAGAUGUACAUGAAGCUCACGCACGCCCGGAAGAAGGAACUGGGCCUUUGUUCCAAAGGGGUUGUGAAGAGGAGCAUCGACAAACGAAGUGGCCGAGAAAAGGCAGACCAAAGAUGCUUUCUACGCCCUGCCGUCCAAGACUUGGCCGAGGCUGGGGAAACUGGAUCGUCGCUUCUGGAGCCUCCGUAUGAGUGGAAGCACGCAAACUUGAGCCCUGUAGUUGAUUUUCUGUCUGCAGAGAUUAAGGAGGGUUCUUCGAGACCUCUUGCUCACACGGCAUUGUGCUUUGUGGUCAUGGUAAUCAGCUGUGACGUGGAUGAAGUGCUGAGAAGGGCCCGCGAGAGGGCGACCAGGGCCUCCAAAACUGGGGGCCAGGAUAACGGUGCCUUCACGCCUUCCUCUACGGGGACCAAGUCAACACCAAAGGAGGAUAAGCCCAGCACCCCACCAGGCAAGGAUACUUUUCAAAAAGGCCUUGCCGGCAAGAAGCCGCUUCGUCAAGACUCGUGCCAGACAGUCGUGGAGACCCCGCCGCCCAAGCGCCGAAGCACGUCGUUUGUCGAAGGCGAGUCUGGUUCCAAGUUGCCAAACAAAGCGGCCGCCGCGUUGCGCCGACCCCAGACAACCGAUCAGCUAGGCAGCCAAGAAAGAAAGACGAAAGCACAGAAGGUUCAAAGAGACUUGGACGAAGAGUUCAAGAAAUCCCGAGCUGAAGCCACAGCCACAGAGGAAAAGGAAGAUGAGGAACCAAGUAAUGAACCCAGCAAGCACAAGAACAACAACAAGCCAAAGGCGGCUGGCAAAGCCAAAGCAAAAUCCUCAAAGACACACAACAACGCGAAGAAUGCACAGCCAAAGAAAAAAGCACAGGCUGCCCCCAGCUCCACCAGCACACCGCGGAAACUGGAAACGGAGGAGGAAGCAAAAGCCAAUGAUGAAUAUGCUUUGAAGGACCAUGGCUCGGCAAAGAGCAGCAACCAAGCAGCCAACCCGCGCAAGACCAAACUCAAGCCGGAACACAGCCCACCUAGCAAGAAGGAUGGCAAGGAGCAGAAGAAGGAGGAGGAGGAAGAGGAGUCAAUCGAUGACAAAGACAAGAAGACUCUCGCGCAUAAGCUGUACAUGCGCUUUUGGCGAAGUGUGCACGGCAGCAAGCACCGGAUGAGCUCCCUCUACGAAGACUUUCAGCAGUGCAAAGGCCAGUGGCACAACUCAGUUGUUCUGAAGAGCAUCCGGAGAACAGCGCGGAACACACGCCGCGGCACGAGACGAUGGCUUACGAAGCCACAAAUGCUUGAGAUCUUCAAAGACCCGGAGAUCGUGAAGUCGAUCAUCUUGAGGAAGGAAAUGGAUGACGAGUUGAGGGCCACAGAGAUUCGCCACCACCCCGAGCUUCCAGGUUUGGGCGGGAGGGGUCUGUUGCAAUACCUCGUUCUGGUGGAAGAUGAGCAGUGCGGGGAGUUUGUGGACGAGGUCAGUGAUCUCUUCCAGAUGGAAGCCAGGGAGGAGGAAACAUCCGAUGAUGAGGAAGACAGCUCCGGCGACAACGAUGACGAUCGUGUUGACUGCUGGCAAGAUUCUGUACCGCGUUCAAUUUGUUGA